AUGUCGCUGUUCUCCUUCUCCACUCCGCUCGACAUCGACAUCGUCCUCGACAAUACCGACGACCGGCCCACAGUUGACGCCAAACUCGACAAGAACCGCCGCGAGAAGUGCCCGCUGUACCUCGAUGGAGAGACUGUCAAAGGCGCAGUCACAAUACGACCCAAAGAUGGCAAACGACUAGAGCAUACCGGCAUCAAAGUGCAAUUCGUUGGCACGAUAGAAAUGUUUCUGGACCGCGGCACCCACCACGAGUUCCUCUCUCUGCAAACCGAACUAGCAGCACCUGGCGAGCUCCAACAUCCCGUCACACUUCCCUUCUCCUUCAAGAAUGUCGAGAAACCCUACGAAUCCUACCACGGCAUCAACGUCAAGCUGCGCUACUUUCUUAGGGUGACAGUAUCGCGCCGCAUGGCAGACGUCGUGCGCGAGAAAGAUCUCUGGGUCUACUCGUAUCGCCAACCACCCGAGACGAACAGCGUGAUAAAAAUGGACGUCGGAAUCGAAGAUUGUCUACACAUUGAAUUCGAGUACAGCAAGAGCAAAUACCAUCUGAAAGACGUGAUCGUGGGGCGGAUCUACUUCCUUCUGGUACGGUUAAAGAUCCGACAUAUGGAAUUGUCUAUCAUAAGGAGAGAGACGACGGGCGUGCCGCCGAAUCAAUACAAUGAGUCGGAGACGUUGGUGAGAUUUGAGAUUAUGGAUGGAUCGCCUUCGCGUGGCGAGACAAUACCCAUUCGGUUGUUCUUAGGCGGCUUCGAUCUUACGCCUACGUUCCGCGAUGUGAAUAAGAAGUACAGCACGAGAUAUUACUUGUCUCUGGUGCUCAUUGACGAGGACGCGAGGCGGUAUUUCAAGCAGAGCGAGAUCGUGUUGUACCGGCAGGCACCUGAGAACAGUGAACUGGCGCAGAGGCAAGCGAAGGAGAUUCAGGCGAGCUAG